GACUCCGUUCUUAUCUUGCUUAGCUUAUAUCCCGGGGAUUUUGCCCUACAAUCGUAUCUCAGAGAUGCUAUCCAUGAUGGCAUCCUAUCACUGGGAGUUUUUGUGACUACCUUUUUGCUGGCAGCACGUUCUCCAGACCUUCACGAUCCCGCCACGCUAGACAUGCUGUGCAGAAUUGCCAUAGAAUCACAUUUUUCGUCUGGGUUAUUGCUAUCAUCCAGCUCAGUCAUCUCUUUCACAGAGUCUCCCGAUGGUAUACUUACCUCGAUACGAAACGCUUUGGAGUUGCUAAAAACGGCGCACAGUUUACCUAUAUCUCAUUUUCAUCGACUCAUUGAAUCUGUGGGAUACCUCGUCACACUAUUAACAAGCUCAUUCACAGACAUCUCGAAAGUGCCAAGGGCUCAGGCGAUGGCUUGUGCGGAGGAAAUCAGAGAGGCCCAGCAAAUGUUUUCCCUCAGUCAGGAUGUUAGAGAAGCUCUGGCAGUCUUUGCGCACCAUCUAGACAUCUGGAAUGACGGAAGUUCUACGCCUAUACUUGAGAUGCCACCGAUGCACACCGUGCAGCCAUCUUUAGGGAAGGGAGAUAUUUUGGCACCUGGGACAGAAUCUGAUGUUGUGACUUGUAGUCUCAUGUUGUACCAUCUAGUGAGUGGAAAUCUUGGAAUAUCUAAAACAUCUCAGGUAUCUAAUAGGGCAAGAGAUUUUGGUUCAGGCAACGAUGCGCAUGCCGCAGCUCUCAUUGUGGCAACUUUUCGAGCAACAUCCUGGACACUAACAAAAUUUUAUACUCGGCUCUUGGCGGCGUCUAUCUCUUGCCUCUUUCAAGAUAUUCAAUCAAGAUUAGGCAAAGGGCCUAAUCCGCUAUGGCGCGCUUUCAUUGUUGGUCGUCUUCCCCGGCUGCUGCUUUUGUCUGGGAAGGCAAUCGAAGCAGAUGGCUCUAUGGCUGCCGAUCCUCAUACAGCAGUCCGGGAUGCAUUGAGCGUGAUAUUCCUAUCACAGCCUAAAAACCCUCAUUUAAUGCAAUACGAUGGUGCAUUGGAUAUGCUGAGCGAGCCAGAAAAUUCUAGAGCUCCUUCCUUUGCGCGAGACUUCACUCAACAGCUGCUGGCUGUUGGGCUUGUCGACCAAAUGUUCGCUGCCAGAGUUGAUGCGACGCUUGCAAAUGACAAUUCCUCUCGUCUGCAGAUCGAUGCGCGAGAGGCUGGGGUGGAUCUAGAGUCCUAUCUGACCUACAGGAUAUCGUCGGAAAAUGGCGCGGACGAUACCUCAGCCUUUCUGGAACGUGUGUAUCAAGAUUUCAGAUGUCACCCCGUCUUUUCCGAAAUAGUGCGAAAGCGUUUCACCGCUCUGGCCACCAGUGGCGACGUGGAAUCCCUUGGGUACCUGGCGAAGAUCCUUUAUAUGAACGAGGCAGCUCUUGAUCUAGUAUCAUUGCACGUCAAGAUCUCCGAAUUGACCGCCCAUGCACUCGUCCUGUUAGAGGAUUAUGACUGUGAGACAGUCGGAGAUCCCGGAACCGCAGUCAGUCAUCUGGGGGAUGUUGUGAUAUUUUUGCAGUGGACCUUGGCACGAUACAAUCUCUCGACUACUUUACAUAUCCUCGGAGAGAAGACUCUGGACCCCGGAUUUCUGCGUGUGACGGAUAAUGUGCGUCGAAUCGAAGACCUGUCGAGCGAGCAAGCAGCCGCCUUCAAUUCAUGGUUCAAAGCGCUCUUUGACAAGAACAGCGAGGGAAUCGAGGAUGGGGUGCUUCGAUCCACCCGCCCCAAAAUGCUGCUGAUGAUGGCCGCGACGUUAUGUUCCCAUGCGAUUACUGCUUGCACGGAGCAUAAGAUCGAUGUAGAUGUUCUCGCCAACGGAUUCUCAUUCUUCACGGGACCGCUGCUGAGUUGGACGCUCGUCGGGGUUGUCAAGACCCUGGUGCGAGAAAUGAAGCAGACAAGAUAUCAGUCCCCUCAUCACUUGAACAUCCUCCGAACGUUAAUUUUAUCGCCAACGUGUCCUCGAUCCGUGCUACGCCUUUGCGGGCACGAUAUCCUGCGACUCUUGUCUGACCCGCAGCUCGCAGCCUUCAUCCCGGAAACUGCAAACUUGCCAGCAAUCCAGGCUGUAAUCAACGAAGCUUUAGGUUUGCGGGAUGACAGUGAGUGCUCACGCCGUCUCAAUGCCAUUGCCAUCGUAUGGGCCGACCAACCACGCCACGCCAUCCAGACCGCAUUCUCCAUGAUCCAACUCGGCAAGGCGCCCUCCCUCGACGUCGUCCGCUGCUUGGCUAUCACACCCCCCACGCGAUUUCUUCACACGUUCUGGUUCGAGCUCAGCAUGGCGACGAGUCUCAGCAUCGACACACUGCGUCGUGUGGCGCUAUACGUCCUCGCAAUACCCCGCACCCCAAAUAUACCCCCUCUCCUACCUUUAUUUUUGCACAACGUCUUCCCGUCGAUCCUGGAUACGAUGGACCGGCAGCCGACGGGCGCUCAAUCUAUGCACAUAGAGCUGCUCGCGGGUAUCGUCUCAUCGGCCGUGAUGACCGCCCUGCACCUCGAACGAGCGGUACUCACCACGACCGGCGAGCAGCGGUUUAUUCUCGGAGAGCCCAGCUCCGCCAUGGCUCGGCGGCUGGCCGCAGACUUACGGCACAGGAAACAUAAUGUGACGGCGAAACUGAUCGCCCAAAGGCUAACGUCGUCGGCAACGUUCGUGGCGAGCUUCCCGGUGUUCAAAAUGGAGAUAUGA